ACAGUGAGGAAGAGAUAGACAGAGUUGAUGAACAUAAAGACAUUGAGUGUGAUGCUGUGGUCCUGGAGGGGCAGGCAGAGAACCUAGAGGAGGAAAUAUCAGAGAAAGCCCCGGACGGUGAGAGCGAGAGCGAGAGUGAGAAAAGUGCAGAGAGAGAGAAAGAAUGCAAAGAGAGCAUCUCAACUCGCCAGGGGGCGGAACUAGAGCACAUGCCUCAGGCAGCUGUCCAAUCAGACCCUUCCAUUCUAAAUGCAAAGGAACCCAUGGUGCUGAACGUUCUAGAAGCCAGUGCAGAAACUGAUUUAGAGACGAAACCAGAAGAGGGGGCACCAUGUGGUCAGCAGGACCCGGACGCUGAUCAGGAAGAGGUGUGUGCAGUCCCUGCUACUGGCACAGAGAGAGAAGAGGAGCUGAAGGAAGGGGCGUGCCUGGAUGGUGAAACGCCACCGCUGAUUGGUGCAGAGACGAAAGGGGAGGAAAUUGAGGCCAGUGUCCCUUCCAGCCGCCAGCGCAGGAGUCGGAUUCCGGUGCCAGUAUCGGAGGAGGAUAGUGGUUCUGACCGAUCCUCGCACAGAGGCCACGGCUCCCCACAUCACCUGAAGACCAGGCGCCCCCACCUGGCACGGCUGGUCCUGGAGCGCAGGCAGAGCCGCCACAGGCAGCCGGGCCCCCCCUCCUCCCCGAGCCUGUCCGCCACGGCCUCUGAGGAUGACACUCACCAGUCCGAUGAGUCUACCAGAGGUGCCAGAGACAGGGGCAGGCCACGGGCUGCAGAGGGGCAGAGGAAAAGCAGGAUCCCCAGGCUGGUCACCCCAGUGAGGAGACCCUCGUCGCCACCAGUGGCGACUCCUGCUGUAUCCCCCCACCCUCAGACAACGAAAGCAACCUCCUCUCUGCGCCGUAGACUACGGAAGGCCUCCAGCAUGGGCGGCCCGUCCACCAGGACACAGCCCUGUCCCUCUCCGGCUCCGCAGAACCGCCCUCUCGCUGCAGCAGGCCCCGCCCUGCUUCGAGGGAACCGCAGUGGCGGGCGUGGAACCUCCCGGGCCUCCGCGGCCUCCGCGGCCUCCCCAGCCUCGCGCAGCGUCAGCGCCUCCCCACGCAGUAACGCCUCCUCCCGCACCGACAGCCCCUCCCCUCAGCACCACAGACGCCAGCCGCCAACCAGUGAGGGAAGGAGACAGCCUGUCGCGCCCCGCCCAACCUCCACCCCCCCUCCCAAAACCAGAACCCAUGAGCCUGCCUCCCACAGGAACAGGCCACUCCCCUCGGCAGCCACGCCUGGGAGAGGGAAGCGAGAGGGACGGGAAGGGAAACCUACCGGCAGAUAA